AUGACAACCGUUGCACAAGGUCCUCCACAUAACUACGCAGAUGCUUUGUCGAAGUCAAUUUUGUUUUUCGACGGCCAGAGGUCCGGCAAGUUACCGAGUUUCCAACAAAUGACUUGGAGGAAAGAUUCUGCCCUACAUGAUGGUGGCGAUGUUCAAAGGGAUCUGAUGGGGGGUUAUUAUGAUGGUGGUGACAAUGUGAAGUUCAAUUUCCCCAUGGCCUUCACAACAACAAUGUUAUCAUGGAGCGUUCUAGAGUUUGGAAAUUUGAUGGGGCCUGAACUUCAACAUGCUUUGGAAGCUCUAAGAUGCGGAACUGAUUAUUUGCUUAAAUCCACAAAUGAACCUGGUUCAGUGGUUGGCGUAGUAGGAGACCCCAACGCAGAUCAUGCUUGUUGGGAAAGGCCUGAAGACAUGGACACCCCUAGAACCUCUUAUGUUGUAACCAAAGAAAAGCCAGGUUCAGAACUUUCAGCAGAGAUCGCAGCUGCACUUGCAGCCUCCUCCAUAGUGUUUCAACAAUCAGACAAAGCCUACUCUACAUUGCUUCUUACGCGAGCCACCCAAGUGUUUGCAUUCGCAGAUCAGUACCGGGGAUCUUACAAUACUAGUAUUGGCGCUGGAGCGUGCCCAUUUUACUGCGAUUUUAGUGGCUACAUGGACGAAUUGAUUUGGGGAGCUUCAUGGCUAUACAAGGCAACAAAGGCAGCAGGGUAUUGGAAAUAUGUCAAAGACAACAUUCACUAUUUGGAGUCCAACACUGUAGUGAGAAAUAUUAACGGUGAUCCUGUUCCAUUUUGGGUAAUGACUGAUCCAGCCGAAUCCAAUCCCUUCGUUCCCAAAGCCGACCAGCUUAUAUGCUCCAUUUUGCCUGAAUCACCAGCUCCCAAAUCAGUCACAUUUUCACCAGGUGGACUCUUGUUCAAAGCUGGAUACUGUAACCUGCAACACACAACAUCCUUAUCAUUUCUUCUUCUAGUUUAUUCUCAGUAUCUGAAAGGUGCCAACAGAACCAUAUACUGUGGCAAUAAUGUUGUUCUCGGUCCAGCUAAUUUGGUAGAUUUCACUAGAAAACAGGUUGAUUAUAUACUGGGAAACAAUCCAUUGGGGAUGUCUUACAUGGUGGGAUAUGGUACGAAGUUUCCUCAAAGGGUACAUCAUCGUGCUUCUGUGGUGCCUUCCAUGGAUAACCAUCCACAGCUCAUGAAGUGCCAUGAUGGUGAUCAGUAUUUCAAAAGCGAAGCUCCGAACCAAAACUUGCUAGUAGGAGCAGUUAUAGGAGGACCGGCCGAGAAUGAUACAUUCGAAGACUCUCGAUAUAAUCCUGGACAAUCAGAGCCUGUCACAUACAACAAUGCACCCUUUGUUGGUGUUUUGGCUUUCUUUAAAGAUCUGUAUAAGUUAUAG